UCGGGAGCGGAGACGGGCGGGUCUGAGUACAGCCGUAUGUCCUCUACCAGCAGUGAACUUUCCGUGGAAGGCAUACAAGACCCAUUCCUUGUUAGUGUACAUAUUAUCACAGACCCAGGUGAAUCCAAGACUCUUCAGCAGGCCAUUGAUAAGCUUCUAGCCUGGAUCCAUCCAGACCUGCAGCUGUUUCGGGUCUCAGAACGACGAGUGCCCAGGAAGCGCAGGAAGCCGGCCAAGGCUGGCGUUUCUCAGCCAGCCCUUGCUGUCAUUCUGUUCCUGCAGGAGGAGUAUGGAGAAGAACCCAUCUUGCAGCUCCAUGAAACUUUUCAGAGGCCACCUUGGCAUUACCACCACACAGAGCUAAUGCAUGGGAAAUUCCUCCCUUACAUGCCAUGCAGCCAAGACUUUUACACUUUGGCUCCAGAGACUCCCCUGUGGGCCAUUCGCCCAGUGCACUACGGGAAAGAAAUGAUCCGCUUCACCAUAUACUGCAGGAGUGAAAAUUUUGUGGACAUUUUGAAAUUGUAUGAGUUAAUACUAAAAAGACCAAUGUGUCAGAAGAAAGCAGACUUUUGUGUUUUUCCUGUCUAUUCCAACAUGGAAAUAGACAUUCAGUUUUCUUUAAAAAAGCUCCCAAAGGGACAAGUUCCAGUGAGGACAGAGUCAGCCGUGCUGGAGUUCAGAGUAAAAGAUGUGGGGCAGCUUGUUCCUCUCUUGCCCAACCCUUGCAGCCCCAUCAGUGAAGGCAGGUGGCAGACAGAAGACCAUGAUGGAAAUAGGAUCCUUUUGCAGCAAGCACACAGUUGGUGCAGGAAGUCUGCAAAGCAGAACAAGCAGCCAUAUCCAUCUGUGUCAACAGAUUCCCACUUCACCACUCUGCCAGCCUUUCUUCCUCAGAGCCACGGAUCAGUCUCUGAACAGCCACAGGAAAUGGGUCAAAAAAAAAUACAUCACACGAAUGGCCUUGGUCAUUAUCUUGGUUUCUCCCAGCAGGACUUGAGACAAGGUGAUCAAGGAGACUUCACACGCAGAUCCAGGAGUGCCUCCAGCAUUUCUUGGUCAUUUCAACGGAGUAAGUCUCUGUUCUGCUUGCCCACGGUGAACUCCUCUUCAGCGUCAGAGACAUUUCAUUUCCGUGAACCAUUUCAGUUUUUAAGCACUGGGUCACCUGCAAGCAGGUUAAAAACAUGGAAAUGCAGCCCCAGGCUUAACGUUGAUGACUUGGAGGAUGCCCAAGAGACUGAUGUGGACACAGGGAUGAAGCUGUCCUUCUCAGACCUGUCUGUGGUUUCUGCAUAUUCUGCCCUUAAUGGAUUUUGCAGUGAGUUGGAAGACUCUCUUCCAUCACAGAAACAAACUGUCAGUAGGGCUAAACAGGCAGCCAGCAGUGGAAGGCCUGUAUCAGCCAUGUGCAAUACUUUUGAGUCAGUUGAUGGUUCACUGCCUUCUUUUUCAGAAUGGUCUUCCAGCUCUUUCAUGUCAGCUUCUCUCUCCGAGCAACACACACAGCCCUUGAGAGCAGCUCCUUGUUCUCUGGAUGAUCGUGUUUGCCCAGCUUCACCAGUUAAUGAAGAAGAAUUUUACAUCUGA